AAGCGACCUAAUGAUGCUCAGAUCAGUGGGUCUUCCUACUAGUAGUAGCUAGUGUGAUGAUUAACUCUUCAGUUCAUUAACUAAUCAGGCCGUCCCGGGUACCGACCGGCCGGCUUGUUAGACUUUCACCUCGGUCUUCCACCCUACAAAUACCCGCGAAAUGGCGACGCAGAACCGCAGCUCGAAACCAUAGCCAGCAAGCCUUCCAGCUCCGAUUCCAAGGACGGAUCAGCAAAAGCAAGAACCGAAGGAGCACGCGACGUGAGCAUGGGCGUGAGCCUGGCGCAGGCGGUGGCGGCGCUGAUGGGCAGGUGCGCGCGGCGGCUGUCCCGGGCGGCGCGGCGGAUGCAGGAGCGCCGGCUGGCCGGCUCCUUCUCCCUCCCCUCCACGUCGCGCGCCGUGGUGCCGCUCACGAGGAAGGCGCUGUCGUGGUCCAAGAGAGGGAGGAAGACGGCGACGGGGGCGGACUCGUCGGAGGAGUGGAGCUUCGAGGCAUCGGCGGCGGGGGACGGGGUGUGGCGGAAGGAGAUCCUCAUGGGGGAGCGCUGCCAGCCGCUCGAGUUCUCCGGGGCCAUCUACUACGACGCCGAGGGCCGCCGGCUCGGGGCCCCGCCGACGCCGCGCACGCCCCUGCGCAGCCCGCUGCCGGCCUCCGCCAAGCUCGCCGCCAACGCCUGAACUCACAAGAAUAGAUGGUCGUGGCAGCUCGCCCUGAGACUUGGCCGAGAUGCAUGGAGAUGAUGAUGGCUCCCUCUGGUUUGCUAGUAGUGUACAUGGUUUUCUUGCUGCUCUGCUUUUUUCCCUAACUCUUCUUCUUUUUCUCGUAAUAAUUCGUAAUAAUAGAUACUACGGUGCUAUUUGGGCUUUUUGUUCAUCUUUUGGCGUGCGUGGUCAGUAGAGUACCAUGUACUGAUGUACAUGUAGAGUAAAAGAGUUUGUGGAAGCUUACUUGCGCUUUUCAAGAAGUUGGCGCCUAUUUUACAGCUUUCA